AUGAGCGACGGAGAGCAGGUGCCGCUGGACAGAAACGCCGACGAGGACAAUCAGCAGCAAGUGAAAAUCGCUAACGAGGAUCAAGGACAAGUUGGCAUUAUAAUGACAAUGUUUGGGACUAUCACUGAGUUUGUGGAAGAGAACGAGGACUGGACGGAAUAUGUGGAAAGGUUGGGAUACUUUUUCUUAGCAAAUGGAAUCAUAGAUGAGGCUAAACAGCACUCUAUUCUCUUGAGUGUGUGUGGGGCUAAAACCUACAAGCUAAUGAGGAAUUUGGCUACACCACGGAGACCGGGAGAAAUUCCUUUUGGGGAUCUAGUUGCUCUCGUUCAGACUCACCACAAUCCAAAGCCGUCAGUGAUUGUCCAGAGGUUCAAGUUUAACUGCCAUUUUCAGAAAACAGGUCAGUCUGUUGCUAACUUUGUUGCUGAAUUACGUGAACUCUCUGAACAUUGUGAGUUUGGGGCUAUUUUAGAGGACAUGCUCCGUGACAGAUUAGUCUGUGGCAUUAAUGAGGACAGCAUACAGCUGGGGGAAGCCACACUGACUUUCAAGAGAGCAUUGGAACUAUCUCAAGGGAUGGAGAUGGCCGCUAGUAAUGUGAAAAAUAUUCAAAAGGCCAACAGUGAAAGUUGUGCAGUGCAUCAGGUGACAAAAGAGGUGGCAGGAAAAAGGGGAAAAGCAGUGGAAUGUUUCAGAUGUGAAGGGACACAUUAUGGUAACAACUGUAAGUUCAUGGAGACUGUCUGUCACAAUUGCAACAAAAAGGGACAUUUAGCAAAAAAAUGCAGGGGUCCUAGGAGCAAGCCAGAGGGUGGGCGGACUGGGCUGGGCAAGUUCACAGCACCAAAGCCUCAGUCAGCAGCACACCACCUAGAGAGCACAGAGGAGGAGGAAGAGCAUUGUUCCUACAACAUGUUUAAUGUGAGGGAGCCGCGCACAGAUCCUAUCUAUGCUACAAUGGAGGUAGAUGGAAAGCAGAUGAGGAUGGAGGUUGACACGGGGGCCUCUGCUUCUGUCAUAAGUGAGGAGACCUACAAACAAAAAUGGGGCUCAAGACAGGUUUCUGCCCUCACACCGGCAGGGAUCAGACUGCGUACGUACACCGGGGAGACCAUACCAUUGCUGGGGGCUCUAGAGGUGGACAUCGCAUACAACAACCAGGAAGCGAGAGCACGGCUCCUGGUGGUGAAAGGGAAUGGGCCUAGUUUACUAGGGCGUGACUGGCUAAACAAAAUACAACUGAGCUGGGGUGAGAUAAAACACACCCGAGUGACUAAGGAUGUCAUUCAAAAGUACCCAGAGAUUUUCAAAGAUGAACUGGGCACACUGCAGGGUACUGCAGUUAAGCUGUUCGUGGAUCCUCAGGCCGAGCCUCGCUUUUUCAAGCCCAGGACAGUGCCUUACGCCAUGAAAAAGAAAGUGGAAGAUGAGUUGGAGCGGCUGCAGGAAGCAAACGUCAUUACUCCCGUUGAGUUCUCCCGCUGGGCAGCUCCUAUCGUUCCCGUUCUGAAAAGUGACGGCACGGUGCGUAUAUGUGGGGACUACAAACUCACCAUCAACAGGGCCUCUAAGCUAGACGCUUACCCGCUGCCAUGGGUGGAGGACUUGUUCGCGACACUGGCAGGAGGCAAGACAUUCUCAAAGCUUGACAUGAGUCACGCCUACCAACAGCUCCUCCUGGACGAGGACUCAAAAGUGAACACGCACAAAGGCUUGUUCAGGUUCAUUUUCCAGAGGACAAUGGAUAAUCUGCUGCAGGGGAUCCCUCAUGUAGCAGUGUACCUGGAUGACAUCCUGGUUACAGGAGAGAAGGAGGAGGAGCACCUCCACCAUCUGGACCAGGUGUUAAAGAGAUUCUCUGAGGCAGGGCUGCGCAUGAAGUGUAGCAAGUGCACAUUCCAAGCACAGAGUGUGACAUACCUAGGUCACAAGAUCACAGCGCAGGGUCUGUGUCCUGUGGAGGACAAAGUCAGGGCAAUCAAGGAUGCUCCAAACCCCAAGAAUGGGUCAGAGCUCAGGUUGUUCCUGGGCAUGGUGAACUACUAUGGUAAGUUCCUUCCGGAGCUGUCAACAGUGUUGGCUCCACUUUAUCAGUUGCUCCACAAAGACUGUAAAUGGAAGUGGGGGCCAGCACAAGAGAAAGCUUUCAAGGAAGUGAAAGCACUACUACAAUCAGCACAACUUCUGGUUCAUUUUGACCAAGACAAAGAGAUCAUCCUGUCAUGUGACGCCUCACCCUAUGGCGUCGGGGCAGUACUCUCUCAUCAGAUGGAGGACGGGUCAGAGAGACCCCUUGGAUUCGCAUCACGUACGCUGACGAGUGCUGAGAAGGGUUAUUCACAGUUAGACAAGGAAGGUCUGGCCAUAGUCUUUGCUGUGAAACGCUUCCAUCAGUACCUCUACGGUCGUCAUUUCACCAUAUGCACUGACCACAAACCACUGAUGCGCCUUUUUAGUGAAUCAAGAUGCAUUCCGCCCAUGGCUUCAGCAAGGUUACAGCGCUGGGCCCUGACACUGUCAGCUUACCAGUACACGAUAGUGUAUAGAGCGGGGAAGGACAAUGCAAAUGCAGACGCGCUCAGCCGUCUCCCGCUACCAGAGACGCCUGCCACAACUGUGGUGCCUCCCGAGACAAUUUUCCUAAUGGAGAGAUUGUCAAACUCACCUGUGAAUGCCAAACAGAUCAAACAGUGGACAGACCGGGAUCCUAUCCUGUCCCAAGUGAAAAGAUUCCUGAUGCAGGGUUGGCCUCCUGUCAUAGAGGAUGAUGGACUAAGACCUUAUGCAAAGCGCAAAACUGAGCUGAGUGUGCAGGAUGGCUGCAUACUCUGGGGGUCCAGAGUGGUUGUUCCACCCCCUGGCCGUGCACAAGUCAUGGAUGAGGUCCAUGAGGCUCACCCGGGUGCCUCCCGGAUGAAAAGUUUAGCCAGAUCUUACAUCUGGUGGCCUAACAUGGAUCAGGAGGUAGAAGACAAAGUUAAAUUAUGUUCUGAGUGCCAGAUCAACCAGAAGAUGGCGCCGCCCGCGCCACUACAUCUGUGGGAGUGGCCUGACCGCCCAUGGUCCAGGCUGCAUAUAGAUUUUGCAGGCCCUUUCAUGGGUCACAUGUUCCUUGUCAUGGUGGACGCACAUUCCAAGUGGCUGGAGGCGCACAUCAUGAGCAACAUCACAGCGACCACAACCAUCGAAAAGCUUCGGCAGGUGUUUUCAACCCAUGGUCUGCCGGACUCUCUGGUGUCCGACAACGCAACAACGUUUACCUGUGACUUGUUCCAAGAAUUCAUGCUGAGAAACGGGAUCCGCCAUGUCCGCAGCGCCCCGUUUCACCCGGCCUCAAACGUCUUAGCGGAGCGGGCUGUGCAGACACUGAAAGAGGGGCGCAAAAGGAUGACUGGGGGAACCAUCACAACUAAGCUCUCUCGGUUCUUGUUCCAGUACCGCAUCACGCCACAAACAACAACAGGACAGGCUCCAGUGGUGAUGUUAAUGGGCAGAAAGCCAAAAGCUCACCUGGAUCUACUGCGUCCGAACAUCAGAGCACGAGUGGAACGGAAGCAGGAGAAACAAAAAGAGAGACAUGACCACCACGCAAGGGAGAGACAGUUAAAACCCAAUGACACUGUCUACAUCCGCAACUUCACAAGCAGCCAACACUGGUUGCCAGGUAUCAUUCUGAGUCAGAGUGGUCCCAUCUCCUUUGUGGUCAAACUGACUGAUGGGCAAGUCAUGCGCAGACACCAGGACCAUCUCCGCCUGCGCUAUGACAAAGACAAGACCAUGUUUUCAGACGGAACAGCUACCCAGCUCCACUGGGACACGCCUUACCUGUGUCUCUUAGCACACCAGGAGUACUGUGCAGAUCACAGCGUAGUCACAAGACUCCUGAAAGACUAA